CAUCACCGAUUUUUUAUUUUAUUUUGAUCGAUGAACUUUUUGAUUUAAAACAGAAUUGGUUAUGUAUAUUUGUUAGUAAUCACGCAUUAGUUUAGUGUUAAUGACUCAUUUUCCAGGAUAUUCUGCAGAAAAAGUGAAAUUGUUUUUAAACCGUUUCACUUUCGAAUUCUUUGUUACGCACAAGGAAAUUAUCGCCGACGCUUCGUCGAUCGCCCUCGUUAUUUUGGAAAACCUAACACGUAGACUAUAGAAAAUAACCUAAAUAUAAUUUAUCCACAUUAAUACAUAAUGGCUCUCUUCGACGUAAGUGGGUUUAAGUCUUAUUCUGAACUCCGUGGGCAGAUUCUUCCAGCAAGACAGACGCAUCUCGUCGACCGAACCAACCACUACAAUUUCGGGACCAAAACUCAGGAAUUCGCUGUACCUGUGGGUGCAGACCCCUCAGGUUUUCUCAAGUCCUGCAACAAUGACUCAGGUGUGUGUAUCGAGAUGAACCACGGUACGACCACCCUGGCCUUCAAGUUCACACACGGGGUCAUCGUGGCUGUGGACUCCAGAGCCUCAGCUGGUCGUUACUUAGCAUCCAACGAUGUCAACAAGGUCAUAGAGAUCAACCCGUACCUGCUGGGCACCAUGUCAGGCAGCGCUGCAGACUGUCAGUACUGGGAGAGACUCCUGGCUAAAGAGUGCAGGUUGUACAGGCUGAGGAACAACCACAGGAUCUCUGUGGCUGCUGCCUCCAAGCUGCUGUCUAACAUGAUGCUGGGUUACAGAGGAAUGGGCCUGUCCAUGGGCAGCAUGAUCUGUGGGUGGGACAAACAGGGUCCUGGUCUGUACUAUGUGGAUGAUAAUGGGACGCGUCUGUCGGGUCGUAUGUUCUCUACCGGCUGUGGGAACAGUUACGCCUACGGUGUGGUGGACAGCGGUUACAGGGAAGACAUGACGGUGGAGGAGGCGUAUGAACUGGGCCGUCGAGGCAUCGCUCACGCUACACACAGAGACGCCUACUCUGGUGGAGUGGUCAACAUGUACCACAUGCAGGAGGACGGUUGGAUCAAAGUGUGUAAAGAAGACGUAUCAGAGUUGAUCCAUCGCUACAGGAAGGGAAUGUUCUGAGUUUGAUCCCUGAACCUGGAUUAACUGUAACACAAAAGGGUCCAGUCACAGGUUUCUUUACAAAAGGAUGUAAUUAAAAAAAAUCUAAUUAAGGGAUAAUUUUUUUUGGUUUGUUUGUUUUUUGGUGGGGGAAUAAAAAUAUAAAUUGAUGACAUGAAUUUAGAAAUUGAUGACUUCAGAUUCAGGAGGAGAGAGUAUAGGGGAGUGUGCAGUUCCAUUUCAACUGUGGAUCAAUAAAAUGUUGGUCAAAGAAUGAAUAAUAAAACUGAACAGUUUCUUACUCAACAACAUGUUACUCAAAUUCACAUCAAUAAACAGAUCUUUGUUUUGUUAUUGUUCUGUAUAUCAUGUAAAUUUGGUGCAUGUUGAUAUUUUAACUCUCCAGGUUUGGUUCAGUAAAGUAUUUCCUGUUUCCUGAAGAGUUUGAUUUGUUCUUCGUAAUAAAGCAAGGUGUUUUCAGCCAAUA